CCCUGCCUCCCUCCCUCCUCCGCCCGCCCCUGAGGCAGGGACCGUGCAAAUCGAGGAGAGGGGGGACGGACAGGCCGGAUGGGGUCCAGCUUAGUGCCCUGGGCUCCCCGCCAAUGCCCUAUCCAGGUUGGGAGUCCCCAGCAUCUUGGGACCUACAUUUGUGUGAACUGGGGUGGUUCCCAAGCCUGGAGGGUCCCUCCGGCAGGCUCAUAGUGCCCCUGUUUUGCAUCAGGACCCCCCUCGGAUGCUCUGAGCCACCCUCCUCAACCCGGAUCUAAAACCCAGGACACAGCUAUCAGGCCAGCCUCUCUCUCCACCCCACCCCCUCUUUCUGGCGUCCAUCCCCUUCUCAACUCCACCUCUGCUGCUGCCUCUGGCUGUGGACCUGCACCUCUUCCCCAUCCCUGAAGGCCUGGGGAGCGGGCUGAGCCUGGAUGAGAGCUCCCCCAACCUGGGGCUCUCCCAGGCCAUGGCCCGGGUGCUUCCAGGGAGGAGCUCGGGACCCUGAACAUCUGCUAGAGGCUUGGCAGAGGCCCCGCAGGGACCGUGUCUUCUGAGGACAAAAGGCGCGGCCAGCAAGCAGACAGGAAGGGGGAAGGGGGAGACCAGCAGCCAGGCGGGCAGACAGGCAGACGGGUAGCAGGGACCAGUGUUGGCCCCCCUCGCAGCUUGGCGGAGGCAUGAAGAUGGGGGAGGGAGUGUGUAGUUGGGGAAACACCUGCCGGGACCCCCACCUGCCAGCUAGCUGGGCACCUCAAGGCUCUGUGCUGCCCACCUGGUGUUCCCCAUCACCCCCAGCCCUGCCCAGUGCACUCCUCCAGUGCCUGCUUCCCCUGAUGUCUUCGAUUUAGACCAGCCCGGCUGUAUCCACGGCAACAGAAGCAGGAGUGUCACUGGCUGCCAGAUCACUGAGGGUCCCACAAUGUGGCCUGGGCUGUGAUUUAUCCUGAGUGAGACAGCUUGAGCCUCCUCCCUUGAUUUCAAGACAGUCCUGCUGAGAGAGCCUAGGUAGCAAAGACUUUUGCUCACUCACUACGGAGGAUACUGCUGUGAUUUCCAGCUAGGGGUUGGAAGCCACUGUAGGGCUAAAAGGAAGGUGCAGCCCAGCAGAACAACUGAUGGAGUCCCCUGGGGCCCAUCGAGUACUGGACUGGCUGACCCCAUAGGGUUGGGAGCAGCCCCUGCCCCUCAGUAUGGCCAACACCACUGGAGAGCCCGAGGAGGUGAGCGGUGCACUGUCUCCACCAUCAGCAGUGGCUUACGUGAAGCUGGUGCUGCUGGGACUGAUCAUGUGCGUGAGCCUGGCAGGCAACGCCAUCUUGUCCCUGCUGGUGCUCAAGGACCGUGCCCUGCACAAGGCUCCUUACUACUUUCUGCUGGACCUGUGCCUGGCUGACGGCAUACGCUCUGCCGUCUGCUUCCCCUUUGUGCUGGCUUCUGUGCGCCACGGCUCCUCAUGGACCUUCAGUGCGCUCAGCUGCAAGAUUGUGGCCUUUAUGGCUGUGCUCUUUUGCUUCCAUGCGGCCUUCAUGCUGUUCUGCAUCAGCGUCACACGCUACAUGGCCAUCGCCCACCACCGCUUCUAUGCCAAGCGCAUGACACUCUGGACAUGCGCAGCUGUCAUCUGCAUGGCCUGGACCCUGUCUGUGGCCAUGGCCUUCCCACCUGUCUUCGACGUGGGCACCUACAAGUUCAUCCGUGAGGAGGACCAGUGUAUCUUUGAGCAUCGCUAUUUCAAGGCCAAUGACACGCUGGGCUUCAUGCUUAUGUUGGCUGUGCUCAUGGCAGCCACACAUGCUGUCUAUGGCAAGCUGCUCCUCUUCGAGUAUCGUCACCGCAAGAUGAAGCCUGUGCAGAUGGUGCCAGCCAUCAGUCAGAACUGGACAUUCCAUGGCCCCGGGGCCACUGGCCAGGCUGCUGCCAAUUGGAUCGCUGGCUUUGGCCGAGGGCCCAUGCCACCAACCCUACUGGGUAUCCGGCAGAAUGGGCAUGCAGCCAGCCGGCGGCUGCUGGGCAUGGACGAGGUCAAGGGUGAAAAGCAGCUGGGCCGUAUGUUCUACGCGAUCACACUGCUCUUCCUGCUCCUCUGGUCACCCUACAUCGUGGCCUGCUACUGGCGAGUGUUUGUGAAAGCCUGCGCCGUGCCGCACCGUUACCUGGCCACUGCUGUUUGGAUGAGCUUCGCCCAGGCUGCCGUCAACCCAAUCGUCUGCUUCCUGCUCAACAAGGACCUCAAGAAGUGCCUGAGGACUCACGCCCCCUGCUGGGGCACAGGAGGUGCCCCAGCUCCUAGAGAACCCUACUGUGUGAUGUGAAGCAGGCUGGUAGGCAGACAGGCAGGGAGAAGGUUGUGGCCACCACGAUGGAGCCAACAGAAGGGAAGAGGUAGGGCUCCAUACAGGAGCCUUUCUUUCUGACCUCCAGCCCCAGACCCUGGAACAACCUGGAAUCUAGGCACCUUUGCCAACACCUCCCCAGGGCUAGGGACUGGGUGGGGACUGGGAAAGAUGCAUUUCUAGUCCUAUGGGGCCUGUCUCCACCUCCUCCUUCUCCACUUCUACAGUGUCUCUCCUCUCUCUCAGAAGUGACAAUUCAGAAAAAAAAAAAAAAAAAACUGAAAAUGCAGGUUUUCCUACUCAUAGCUGAGGAGACAGGCUUUCUUGCUCUAAUGUCUCUCCUCUGACAUUGUCCAGAAGGGGGAAAUUUGUCCUGUAAAAUAGACUUCUAGAGCUCUUAUUGUCCCCUCUGCUCCCAUGCACCCUCUCCUUCCAAGUCCUUUAGCAAGGCCAGGAUGAAAUUGAUCUGCUGACGAGAGGGACCAAAGUGGGUGCUCGGUCCCCAGGGAGCAAGGUUUAAUUGCUAUGUUGUAUGCAAUGUUGUUUUAGGCUAACCCUGGUCCCAAGGCCAGUCUUUUAUCCAUCCCUACCGUGUCCAGACUUCCCAAUUGUUUCUUGAGCAUCUGUUUGAGAAACAAGGAGGGGAGGGAGAAGGGCCUCUGGGAUGGGCCCAGGUUAGGUGAAGGGCAGGAUGCUAGCAAUAUGCCUCGAGCUGAAGAGACCUCAGCUUGGCUGCAUUCUCUCAAGCUGCCUCCAGGAUCCCCAUCCUUCAGCUCUUCCUGAGGAUGGAAAUCCACUCCAACCCCACUGAAGUCGAUGUGGGUGCCAUACAGGCAGGAGCAGCACCCCUCCAGGGAAGUGUAGGGAGAAAGUCAAACUCCCCAGAAUGGCUGAAUCCCAAAGCCUGGGGACAGAGCAGAAUUGAACCCCAGAAUUGUCUCCUGAGUUCAUGCUACUAUCCUGAAGAUGAAAAUUCUUUGAGGGCCUUGGUAAGUCAUAGUGGUAUAAGCUCCAAGGCACUGUGGACUUGAGUCCAUUCCUCUCUGACCUCUUUUUGUCCCUUAAAGCCUCAGGGGCCUCAAGCCCCUCUAUGGUAACCCUUGGCCUUCUGGGCCCUUAGCCCCCGACUUACUUGCUCUGAACAGCCCUUCCCCUCUUCUUCCCUCCACCAUUACUUCCAUCCCAAGUGGAGCAGAAUGCAGCCAGAUUCCCCAGGUGGGAGAUCCAAAGCCUCCUUCCCAGAGCAGAGCCCACCCUGGGUUCACAUCAAGUCUUAUGGACUGGUAAGCCAAACUGGCAUUCUUUGCCUGGUCUUUCCCAAGUUCUCUGUCCCCCUCUCAUCUCCUGGGAGAGGGGGAGAUCUGUAUUUUUCCACCCCCUUUCUCUCCCCUAUAGAAGCCCUUGUCCUACACUCCCUCCCUACCCUAAGACAGCUCCAGAACUGGGCAAGCCUUGACUUAAGCAAGAGGAAUGGAGAAGGCACUCUAGGCAGGAGAGACAUUAAUGAGCCUGGUUAUGCAGUGGCCCUGGAAAGGCAGGCCAGAGUGGCUGAGAGACUGGUAUACAGGGGGGUACCUGUUCUCUCAGUGAUAGUGAUGGGGGUGCCUUUCCCAGGGAGUGGGGUGGGGGUAGAUAGGGUACAUUCAGGAGGAUUUUCCUCUAUUUCUUUUUUCUAACUGCCUGGAUUCACCAUUGGAUUUUGUAAAUGGAAAACUGAAAUGAACAAUGCUAUAUUGGAUGUUUUCUCUUUCUGUCUGUGUGUGUGGGUGGGUGUGUGCUCUAUCUGCAAUGACCAUAUGUAGGGAGGUAUGGUCAAGUGAGACUGUGUGUCUGUGUGACUUUGUUGGGGUGCACUCUGGCCUGGGGCACACAUGUAAGCAAAUGCCUGUAUGUGGAGACAUAUACAGUGCAUGUGAGCACACAUGUGCACAUAUGCACCUAAUUGAGAGAAGAAAAAACAGUAUGUGCCUGCAGCAGGAAGUAGAGUGGUCAGAGAGAUGGAACUUGAAAAUGAUAUGUAUGGAUGUAGCAAGAGGGUAGACUCCCAUCUCAAAAGAUCUUCCUCCCCUGGCCCAGGCUCUGAACAUAGAGGACAGGAUACUUGAGAAUCCCAUCUCUUCCAAAAGGCUGGAGCCCCCAGGUACUACUCCCAACUCCUGUAUGAGUCUCCUCUCAAAAACCCAGAUAAGGUGUUCCUGAAACUGGACCACCAUGGAGAAUGGGGACUGGUAAUUGGGGAUCAAACUUGGGGGAACUGUUGGGUUAGGUAAUGCCCCCCACACAUAUACACAAAGUAAUAGCUUAUGGAGGGACUGCUCGGUCUGGGAUAGGAGCCCUUCAGAAGGAUCCACUGUAUACAGCUGGGAUUUUGGUAAGCUUAGAUUAAAUUCAGAGGGAUGGAUGUCACGGGAAAAAAAACAAACAAGCCUGGAAGUCUCCCCAGCCAGCCUGUUCCUGGACUCUCAAUUACUUUACUCUAUGAGAUGCACAGAAUUGAGUUGACCAUAUUCCUCAGUUCUUGGCACACUGUAUCAUCAUUGGUCCAUAUGAAGCCCUUAUAUUCUUUUUUGUUUUGUUUUGUCCACUUCAUCACCCAUCCCUAAUACCAUCCCCCCUCCCACAUAGGCACCCCACUCUUGUGUAUUUAACGUGUGUUUUUCCAAUCCACCAUUCAUAUGUUUUAUUUACAUAUAUGUGUAUAUGUGGAAAAUGUAUGGUAUUGUUAUGUGUUUUAAUUUACAUAAACAGUAUUGUACUAUAAA